AUGGCCGUCACGUCGUCGCAGUUAUUUAACGGCGAGAGGGCGGUGGUUACCCUUUUCGUUGUCAUCGUCCUCUUCUCUCUCCCUCUUUCUCUUCUCAUGCACGGCGUCCUUCUCUCUCUCCUCGCUCUCUUUGCUCUUUACGUCGAGAUCCGCCUAGAGACUUCCGCUUCCUUCUCUCAAUUCAAAGCCAGGGCGGGCGCUUCAUCAGGGAUACUACUAGGUGCAGUUACAUUACCAACUUUUAUGCUCUCAAAAUUGAUACAGCAAUCAAGAGCCUUGUCAUUGCAUCAAAUUCAAGCUGGAGCGCUAUUCUUUUUUUAUAGUGCUACUGGUGUGCAUGCAAUAUGGAAACUAUUGUGGGUGCUAUUUCAUGGAUUCACAGCAGUUAAAUUGGUGCAGCAUCUACUUAAUACUUUUCCUUCUUGUGCUUCCAUUGGGGAAGCACUUCUGGUGACUGUGGGUCUUGUACUCUACUUUGGUGACAUGUUGGCGUAUACCAUUGAAAAGGCUAGUGCAUUUCUGUGCAAAACAGUCUCCUCUUCCCUCUGGAUUAAGCCCAGAAAUAGUAAGAUUGAGAGGAUUCUUCUUCGGAAGUACUACCAUUUGAUGGCCGUUUCAAUGUUUCUGCCUGCUGUUAUCUUACAGCCUAAGUUUCUUGAUCUGGCAUUUGGUGCAGCCUUGGCAGUUUUCUUGACUUUGGAGAUUAUUCGAGUUUGGAGAAUCUGGCCUUUGGGACAGCUUGUGCAUGAAUUUAUGAAUGCUUUCACAGACCAUCGUGACUCUGACCUCCUCAUUGUCAGGCAUGACUAG